AUGACGUCCCUCUUCGAGCCGUCGAUGUCGACGAGCCGACAAUCGAUGAUGGCCUCUACGAGCCGGCAGUCGAUGAUGGCGUCAGGCCCGUCGAUGGCAGAACAGCUCCCGAGCAUAGAGUUUGGAUUCGACAGUCUGCGCGAGCGCAUGGGCCGCUUCACCAUGAAGUUUGACGGCUUCAUUGAACAGGGACGGAAGCGGGUGCUCGAGGAGCGCAACGAAUUUCGCAUGAACAUGGCCGAAAUACAAGAGGACGAGCGGAUGCGGAAGCGCGACAUUGAGAUUCUGCAGCUCAAGUCCAACAGCCUGCAGCAGACGAUGGCCAAGGAGAAGCAGGAGAAGCAGGAGAUGGAGCGGUCGAUUGCCGACCUGGCCGCCCAGCGGGACCGUCAGGUGGCUGCGCGCGAUGCUCUCGCCCGCCGGGUCGCCGACACCCAGCGGGCCAUCGACGCCAAGCUGGCCGCACAGCAGGCACGCACCCGCCAGCGCGAGGCCCAGGCCCGCUUCAACGUGCCCGAGCUAGACUUCUGGGUCACGAACCUGUGCUUCAGCAUGGAAGGUGCCGGCAGCGACGACCGCCUGCGCUUCAUCUACACCCACCUCAACGACCAGGACUGGAUGCGCGAGGCCUGGUUCGAGCUCGACACGUCCGCCCGCGAUUACGCCGUCCGCCACUGCCGCCCCAAGCUCGAGCGCGACAAGGUCGACGCCCUGCUCGAGCGCGUCAACGAGUCGCGCGAGCUCGUCGUCUUGCUCAAGGGCAUGCGGGAGCUCUUUGUGGAGGCGAUGAAGUCUGGGUGA